AUAAAAGCGUCUGCUAAAUGGCGUAUUAUAUUAUAAGUCAACCUUCAUCAGAGAUACUGUUGACGAUAUGGAAAACUCAAUUGAAAUCGUGUUAACGCCCUUUGUGUACGUUGCCCACGUGUCGUCAAUGGGCCGUACGGUGCAUUCUGGGAGAUUCUGGGACAAGGAGAGCUCUCCUUCAUGGUGUGAAUGGGAUUCAAUUGGGCGCUAGCUCAAAAACCCAACAUUAGCAUACAUUUCGUCAACAAGAAGUACAACAUUAUAAAUCUUUUCCGAGAUGUGAGAUAGCUAACUUGUUAUCUGUAAUAUAGUAUAGCUUUGAAAUCGUGACAUUACGUACUUUCGAGGAAUAGGCAGGUUUCUCGACACUUGGUGCGUUCAAGACAACUGGGAACUCGGAAAAAUACGUAGUCAAAUCAUAACGUUAGUGAUCUUCAAGUCGGAAAAUCGGAGCUCUAAAAAUAGGCCCGAAUCCCGAGGUGGUAUUGCGAGUUGGAUGACCGUUGAAAACGAUUUUUCCCAGUCGGAGCUCUUUUUUUUUCUGAGUUCAGUUGUUUUGAACGCACUUAGGUCAGAGAUUUCCGAGUUCCCAGUUGUUUUGAACGCGGAAUCAUACCCUGAUUUUGAUAAAGGAUUGCGUUACAAUUGGUUUAGCAUCCGCGUGACGCGGCAUGACAACGUGAACGCAAUUGGUCUGCUGGUGAGGCGUUAUACGUUCCUCUAUUCAUUGUCCAAUGGGAUUCCUAUCUCCUCCUUUCUCUAAUAUCUGCCUUCAUCCAGGGGAACCGACUAAUCUGAUUGGCUCAAUCUGAUUGACCACUCUUGUCCAAUCAAAUUCGAUAACGAUGAGCUCGUCGUUGACUACGGAUUCGAAGGAAGUCUCGCGUGAUUUAAGAUACGUAAAUUAUUUACGUCAGUCCCAUGAUGGCUGAAGAUCCUGGAGGAACAUUUUUCAAUUGCUGUCCCAACUUUUUCUCUUUCUCUUUACCUCUGCUUGUCAUAGAGACAUGGCAGGACAUACAGCCUCGAUAAGAGGCCACAGACCCUUGUUACCGUCAUGCCCAAGAAAGGGAACCGAAAACGGCUGAAAUUUCGGCCCGGGGACAUCUGCUCGGAGUCAGUGACGGUCGCUGAUUUCGCCAAUGCUGACCCAGCCGUUGUGAAGUCGGGGAGGGUGAAAAAAGCUGUUGCCAAUGCAGUUGAAAAAGAAGUGAAGUUGUUGUGUGGACUUGAGGCGUCGCAGGGUUCCCUACAGGAGGUGUUCUCGUCAGUGUCCAGCCUCACCGGAGACACCCUGGAGAGUAGCGACGACCUCGACCCCGGGGAGGAUGGAGUGAACGAGCCUAAAGAGGCACGCAAGAAGAAAAACAAGAGAAGGAAAGAGUGUAGUGAGUGCAGUGAUGGGAAGGACUACACAGUGGAUAUCUGGCUGGUGCUGGCUUCUUAUAUCCGUCCAGAGGACGUGUGCACGUUUGCUCUGAUUUGUAGAAACGCCUGGACCGUCACCUGCACUGCUGCCUUCUGGACCAGACUAUACAGAAGACACUACAGUCUGGAUGCUUACCUGCCGUUCUGUCUGCAGCCAGACUCCAUAGCCAGGAAGCGUUGUCUACGGGCUCGCGUGAUUCGCUCCCUCUUCCACCUGUAUGAGCCAUUCAGCUCACACGUCUCCCUAAGCCCCGCCCUCCCUGAGUCCCCGCCCACCCCUCUACUCAACUCCAAGUGUCUGCUGUUCUGGGUCAAUAAGGUUGUGGGCACUCGACCUGAGCCCAUGUGGGAGUUCAACUUCAAGUUUGUGAAGCCGGUGGUGAGGUGUAAGGGUGGCAGUGCCAGCCGUGGUCUGCUGCUGCCCCGUCAGUAUGAGGAGGUCCAUGCCAACCCAGACUCAGACUGCUACCUGCUGCAGGUCACCACCCUCAACUUCAUCUUCACCUCAGUCGUCAUGGGGAUGACCCUUUCCCUGUUUAACAUCAACGUGAACGCGGACAUGCGUCACCACAGAGUGCGUCUGGUGUUCCAGGACUCUCCCCUCCAGCAGGGGAGGAGGAAAGGGGAGCAGGGGGGGACACAGGUGGUGCUGGACCCUGUACACAGCGUGAGACUCAUGGACUGGUGGCAUCCGCAGUACCCUUCCUCCCCCUACACCUAGAUCCCACCUCUCCUGUAGACCCCUCUUAUUAUCCAACAUGCUCCACACAACACCCAUUUAGUCCUAGAACUCACUGUAACCGUCUGCUCGUACACCUAGAACGCCCAACACCUCCUAACACCAAAAACCAACCACAGUACCCCGUCUCGCUGUACACCCAGAACCUUGCUUCACCUCAACCUUCAACAGCCCACAACACAGAGUCCUCUAGUGUAUUCUUUAUAUUCCCCUACACCAAAAACCACCUACCUCCUCAGUACCCUAGCUCUCCAUAGACAAUCCCCCAACAUUGCCUACCCUCGGACCACCCUAUACGUUUAUGUUGAACAGCUGUAGAGACUGUCAUUUAUUUUAAUAUUUCCUCCUUUCUGUAACUGCAAAAUCUUCGUUUUAAGGGAGACUUUCGAUUUCACGUUUUGAUUUUACUAUUCUACAGGCCAAAAUGAUGAUUUGCUGCUUGCGUAAUUAUUUUAUUUGAUACCUCUAAUCAUUGGUAACUUUUAAAAUUGUUAUUUUUAAAACCCCAACUCCUGAUUCGUCCCCUGUGUAUCCUCCUCAGGAAGUAAGGUCAGAUCUGAAAACUCUGGUCAGUUCUGGGGCCACUGCAUUGUAGCGGAGCAGCAUUUUAUAUCCUGUCUAUGUGUUAGAGAAUGUUUCUGAUUGGGUUUAUGAACACAAGGAGGCCAGUCUUGUAGGUAAACAAUGAUCAGUAGAAACAUGCCAAUCAUGCUUAAUUUCUAAAAAGGGGGGUAUUUGAAGAAUACCCACAGGAGACUGUAUAUCAGCUGUAUUUCAGUUCUACUAUUUACUCAAUCAUCCAAUCAAAAUGCUGUUAAGAACAUUAGUGUUUGAAUUUAGAAGUUCAUUAUCGUGUGUAGUGAAAAGCAAAGUUUUUUUAUUGAUGAUCAGACUUGAAAUUGCUUUAUUGUAAAUACAUGUAUAGCUGAUUGACCUUGUGAAGGACAUGUACAGUUGAAGUCGGAAGUUUUAAGUAAUUAAAAGUAAUUAACUCGUUUUGCAAA